CGCACCGCACCGCACCGAGCCUGCAGCUGGGACGAGCGGCGGGGUCGCUCCGGGCCCGGAUCGCGGGCGGCCCGGGUGGCGGCGGUGCCCGGAAGGCCGCUCACAGCCCCGGCCUCAGCUGGCGCUCGGCGGAGGCCCCGCAGGCGGCGGAGGACGAGCGGGUCGCCGUGGUGCCCGGAGUCCUACGGGACCUGCGGGAUCCGGAGCGCCCCCGCCCCUCGGAGAUGGACCCCGGGACGGCGCCCGAGCCCUAGUCGCCCCCGCCCCGCGCCCCGACCCCCGACGCGGGGUCCAGCCUCGGCCCCGGCCGGCGAAGCCUCAGCGCCCCCGACGCGCGGGUCGCCCACCGCCCGGAGCGGAGCCGCGCCCGGGCCUCGGGGGUAGCGCGCCCGUCGGGUGCCCCGCACCACGCCCCGCGCUCCCGGGACCGCGCAGCGCAGCUCCCCGGCCAUCGCGACCGCGCGGGGCGGCCCGGAGGGGGCGCGCGGCCGGGGCUGGGUCGGAGGGGCCGGGCCCACCGGCCGCCGCGCGGGCGAUGCCUCCCCGCUGACGCGGGCGCGCUCGCCCUGGCGCCCCGCCACCGCCCGGGCCUAGCCACUUCCUCCCUCCCGGUGCCCCGCGCGCCCCGCACCGGGCGCCGCCGCCAGGACCUCGCGGGGCCCCUACCGCGGCCCCGGGCGUGGGGUGAUGGGGUCGGCGGGAAAGGAUCUCAGAUGCACGCCAGGUUUCCACUGAUUGCCCGAGUUCCAGAUCCCCACCCAUGGAUCCUUUAAAUCUGCAUGGCAGGUCGUUCGUGGUGAUCUCGCAGCCUGCCGUGGAGGCCCGUCCCCGACUGGACCAGGACAGGGAGAGCCCGCCUGCUGCCAUCCUGUCCUUGGACCAGAUCAAGGCCGUCCGAGGCAGUAACGAAUACACGGAGGGCCCCUCGGUGGCCAGGAGGCCCACUCCCCGCCCGCUGCUGAGACAGGAGAAGCAGGAGAGGACUCAUGAGGUUGUACCAGCCAAUGUGAAUGGCAGCGGCUCUGCGCAGAGACCCCCAGGCCCCCCGGGGCCAGGCGGACCCCUGAGCCACACCAGGGCCCUGGCCUUGAGCAGAUCCACCAGCACUGGCAGCGCGGCGAGCUCCGGGAGCAGCAGCAGCGCCUCCUCGGAGCAGGGGCUCCUGGGGAGGUCUCCGCCUGCCAGGCCGGCCCCUGGACACAGGGCGGACAGGGCCAUCCGGACGCAGCCCAAGCAGCUGCUGGCCGACGACCUGAAGGGCUCCUUGAAGGAAGACCUGACGCGGCGGCAUGAGUUCAUCUGCGAGCGGUGCGGGAAGUGCAAGUGCGGAGACUGCACGGCCCCCAGGGCCCUCCCGUCCUGCCUGGCCUGCGGCCGCCAGUGCCUGUGCUCGGCCGAGAGCAUGGUGGAGUACGGCACCUGCAUGUGCCUGGUCAAGGGCAUCUUCUACCACUGCUCGAGCGACGACGAGGGCGACGCGUACGCCGACCACCCCUGCUCCUGCUCGCAGGCACACUGCCGCGCGCGCUUCCUGUGCAUCGGGGCCAUGUCUCUGCUUCUGCCCUGCCUGCUCUGCUACCCCCCGGCCGUGGGGUGCCUGCGGCUGCUGAGAGGCUGCUAUGAUUGGCUCCAUCGCCCGGGAUGCAGGUGUAAGAACUCCAACGCAGUCUACUGCAAGCUGGAGAGCUGCCCUUCUGGGGGUCACGGGAAGCCAUCAUGAAUUUUGGAGGUGGGUGGGACGUCAAGAACUUCCAGCUUCCGAAUGGUGGCUGUUGGUCCUGUGAGAUAUUGACUCCCCCCGUCCCCCAUCAUCCUUAGAGUGGCUUGUCUCUUGCUUGCGGCUCCCUGCCAUUUCCAAGGUUUGACUCGUGGAUCUGACUGGUUCAGGAAGAGUUGACAUGAAAUGACAGCUGGUCCUCCUGAAGUCAAGCGCUUUCACCACUCUCUGGAGAGGGGGUGGAGAGCGGUGGGGUUUCGGGUCGUUUCUGGGUUCUGCACACAUCACCCUGUGUGUACACAGCCAGACUGCAGGGAUGGAAAGAUGCCUUCGGUUGAAUGUUGGGGAGCAGGGAAAUUAGUUUAGAAAGAAGCAACCAUUUAAUAACUGCUUCCCUGAGCUAGGUAUGGAACCUUCCUCCAAUUCGGAUAUCUUGUCAUAACAUAACGUUUGUUCUUUCCCUACUGCCCUGUCCUCCUUUCCAUCUCCUCUCUGUUGUCUUGGCCAAUGCCUCCCUCCACCCACUUCCUGUCUGUAAUUUUAGAUUCCCUUUCCAGUGUAUAAGUCUUCAUAUUGGAGACAAAUUGGCUAUAAUUUGCUUCUCCUGGCUUUCACCUUUGUGAAGGAUUUGACUCCUUUCCUUCCACACCCACAAGCUCUUUGCCAAAUUCCUGUUGUCACGGAAGGCACCUGGGUAGCUGAGGUUGAAAUUUGGAGCCGAUGGAUUCUUGUUGAUGUCACAACAUGUUGCUGUCUAAAGCAAUCGGAGCUUGGCAACGGCCCUUUGGCCUCAUAGUUUGGUUAACAGCUGAGUUAUCUCAGUCUUUCCUGUGUUCCCCUUGCCUUAACCACAGAUUGUGGUGCUUUUUUUUGUAUAUGUUCUGUAUAAAUCACAAAGUUGAAUUCUGACUAUUUUUAAGACAAGAGUCUGUUAAACUUUUUUAUUGUAAAGAAUAUUUAUUAUGCGAAUCUAUUAUUUUAUGAUAUUUAUUGCAAAAGACUGUUGAAAUGUACUCAUGUCUGACUAUAACAAAAUAUCAAUACUUAACAGAAAGUAAGGUGACAGGAAGAAAGGACAUAUGUUAACUAUAAUGCAAAAAUAUAUUAAUUAAUGAAACUGC